CUCGGUGCUGUCCCGGUACCGGGAAGGGAGGCAGUGGUACCGCUCGGUGCUGACCCUUGUCCCGGUACCGGGAGGGGGCGGCGCUCGGUGCUGACCCGGUACCGGGCGGGGGGUACGGGGAUCACCUCUCUCCGCUGACCCUCCGCCCCUCCGCAGCCAUGGACGGGCCCCCCGCGCCCCCCGCGGCCGCCCCGGUGCCGGUGUCGGUUCCGGUGCCGGUGUCGGUGCCGGUCCCGGUUCCGGUGCCGGUCCCGGUGGGGCUGCUGGCGCUGCCGCCGGAGCUGCUGCUGCGGAUCUGCGGUUUCCUGCGGGCCCGGGACGUGCGGCGGCUGCUGCCCCGCGUCUGCCGCGCCCUCCGCGCCCUCGCCCGGGACGCGGCGCUCUGGCGGCUGCGGCUGCGGCAACGGGCCCGCCGCCCGCUGCCGGUGCUGCCCGAUCCCGGGUUCGAUUGGGCCGCCGCCUGUGAGGAGCUGGAGGAGCUGGAGGAGCGCUGGGGCGCGGGGGGAGGGGCGGGGGCGGCGCCCAUGGAGCAUUUCUCGCUGGACUCGGGACACUUCGCCUCGGUGGACGCCGUGCUGCUGCUGCAGGGGGGCUCCCUGUGUGUCUCGGGGGGCCGCGACCGCAACGUGAACCUGUGGGACCUGCGGGAGCUGGGCCGGGGUCCCCCCGGGCGGGCGCUGGUGCGGGCGCUGGGCUCGGGCCGCGGCGGCACCCACAAGGGCUGGGUGUGGUGCCUGGCCGCCCGCGACACGCGCGUCUGCUCCGGCUCGUGGGACAGCACCGUGAAGCUGUGGGACCUCGGGGCCGAGGGGCAGCAGUUCGGGGAGAUCAGGGAGAAGGCGGCGGUGCUGUGCCUCUCGUACCGGCCCGACGCGCUCGUCACCGGCACCUACGACAAAACGGUGGCGGUGUACGACCCGCGAGCCGGCCCGCUGCAGGUGAGCAGCUAUAAGCCCCACGGCAGCGCUGUGCUGGCGCUGGCGGCCGACGAGCGGCUGAUCGUGUCCGGCAGCGAGGACCGGACCCUCGUGGUGUUCGACCGCCGCGGCGGCGCCGUCCUGCAGCGGCUGCAGCUGGACAAUUACCUGCUGGCCAUGUCCUACCGCGGCUCGCAGCUCUGGGCCGGCGACAACCAGGGCCGCGUGUACCUGUUCGGCAGCGCCAGCGGCGGCUUCCAGCCCGCCCGGUACUUCGACGUGGGGCACCGGCUGCAGAUCACGGGGCUGUGGCACUCGCUGGGAUCGCUCUUCACCACCUCCACCGACAGGACGCUGCGGGUGGGGUACCGGGGGGAACACGGGUCCACGUCCCCACCGACCCCCCGCGCACCCUCUGCUCCUGGACCCACGAGGACGUCCUGAACGGGAUCAGCGUGGACGGAGACGUGGUGGCCGCGGCCUCGGGGGGGCUCUCGGUGGAGGUGUGGAGGCUCCGGACCUGAGAGGGGGAGGGGCGGGGGGUGGGGGAGGGGCGGGGGCGGGGGGGCUCCGGCCGCCCCCCGCGGGGACCCCCCCGCGCCCCCCACCCCCCGUUCGGGGGCCCGGAGGUGCCGCCCGUGCGUGGGAAUUAAAGGAUUGGAUGGAGCGGA